AUGGUGAAGGCGACCAAGUCCAAAACUUUCCAAGCGUAUCUGCCAAACUGCCACCGGACCUACAGCUGUGUCCACUGCAGGGCCCACCUGGCGAAUCACGACGAGCUGAUCUCUAAGUCCUUUCAGGGAAGUCAGGGACGAGCCUACCUCUUCAACUCAGUGGUGAACGUGGGCUGUGGCCCUGCGGAGGAGCGGGUCCUGCUCACCGGCCUGCACGCCGUGGCCGACAUCUACUGCGAGAAUUGCAAGACCACACUCGGAUGGAAAUACGAGCACGCCUUUGAAAGCAGUCAGAAGUAUAAGGAAGGGAAGUUCAUCAUCGAGCUCGCUCACAUGGUCAAAGACAAUGGCUGGGAGUAA